AAAAAAAAAAAAAAAAAAAAAAAAAAAACUAAACACACCCUUUUUUCUCUCUCUUGAUAACUUGAAGAAAAUGUCGAUACGACUUAUUUUCUUAUGCUUAUUAGUGUUAAUAAGAAGAUCGAUCUUAUUCUUAUAAACCCAAAAUUCUCCUUUCGUCUUUUUUUUUUCCCGUUCUUAAAUCGUUUUUCAGAGCCGUUUCGCUGCUUAUAUGGCUCCAAACCCUACUUGAAAACACGAAAAUCUUCAAGAACGUCCAUCGCUACGGAUCGAAAGAGAGACCAUGAGCCCUUUUGGAGAUCGGUAGCGGAGGGGAAAGAAGCCGAGAAAUUCGUCGAAAUUGAGAGAGAAUUUAGAGGGAAAAAAAAUGGUGAGGACUCCAUGUUGCAAAGCAGAGGGAUUGAGGAAAGGAGCAUGGGCUCCCGAAGAAGAUCAGAAACUCAUCGCUUACGUCAAUGAGCAUGGCGAAGGUGGCUGGCGAACCCUCCCCGAAAAAGCUGGUCUCAAGAGGUGCGGGAAGAGUUGCAGGCUGAGGUGGGCGAAUUAUCUUCGACCCGACAUCAAACGAGGAGAGUUUAGUGAAGAAGACGAAGAAACGAUCGUUAGACUUCAUGCAACUCAUGGAAACAAGUGGUCGGCUAUCGCUCGGAGAUUGCCCGGGAGAACGGACAACGAGAUAAAAAACCACUGGAACACUCACAUUAAGAAGCGUUUGAUCAAGAAGGGCAUCGACCCCCUGACCCACAGGCCGAUAUCGGGAAAUUCGGACAGCGAAUCCAGCCGAGAAAUGCAGAAGGACUGUCCGGAGACGACAGUGGAGGAAAUCAGUACCCGUCAGGGGCAAGAUCUUGAGCGUCGGAAGCCGCCAUUGUCACUCUCAGCUAAGUUCCUUAACAAAGUUGCCAACAAGUUCGCUAGAAGAGUCAACAAAAGUGCUUUGACUGAAAUAAUCGAAGGUGGUGGACCGCAAACCAACAACAACGUAAUCAACGGUAAUAGCGUUUGUAAUAAUAACGAUAAUUCCAUUGAAUCUGAACGUGAAAGAUCAAUAAAUUCGUCUACAUCAACUUUGAAUCUUCUCAACAAGAUCACUCCAAGUAGGCUUCGAUCCAUCCUCGACGGAGAAUGCCACCCACCGUCCGUGUCCAUGUCCAUGUCCUCGGCCUCUUCACCGUCCGUCAAUGACCCUUUAACUUAUUCUCUCGAGAUGAAGAUGGGCGAUAAGCUUAACGGUGUUUGGAGUGGGAAUGAUUAUAGGGACAUUGAAUUCAAUAAGUUCUUGAGUAGUAUCGCUAAUGAUGAAGAUUUCAUGGGAGAUAACUCUAGGGUUGGGGACAUUGUGUUUGUGAACGAGUUCACGGGGAUUCUUCAGGAUGAUGGACCGUAUGACACCAACAUGAUGAUGAUGGUCAAUGAAAGAGAGGCGCGCAUAAAAGGAGCUUUUGAAGAUAUUGAGAGUUAUUUGGAUGACUACAUGGAUCUUGAGAAUCAUUAGGUUCAUGAUAUGAUGAUGGUUGAUCAUUAUAGUCAUGAUGAUGAUGAUGAUGAUGAUGAUGAUGAAAGAAAAGGGCGUCAUGUAAAUCAAACAAAUUUGAUUUGCGAUGUUCUGUCUGAGUUCGAUGUUUUGCAGGGAAGCAAAGAGGAGGUGCUUUGCCAAAAAAAAUAAUAAUAAUAAUAAUAAGAGAAGGUGGUAGUUAACAAAUAUGUUCUGUUUUUUUUUUUAAUAUUAAUUGUUUACACCUUCGUGUCUUACAAUGUUACUGAGCAUCUUUUCUGUUACAAAUUGAAUAAAAGUGGAAAAUAAUGCAAAUAUUCUCCGCAUUUGAAUGUAAA